AGGAUGCGGCGCCCGCGGCGGCCUGGGGGUCCCGGAGGCCCAGGGGGUCUCCGGCUGCUCGUCUGCCUCCUGCUGCUCAGCGGCCGCCCGGGGGGCUGCAGCGCCAUGAGUGCCCACGGCUGUCUGUUUGACCGAAGACUCUGCUCUCGCCUUGAAGUCUGUAUUCAGGAUGGCUUGUUUGGACAGUGUCAGACGGGCGUGGGGCAGGCCCGACCUCUGUUGCAAGUCACUUCUCCAGUUCUCCAACGCUUACAAGGUGUGCUUCGACAACUCAUGUCCCAAGGAUUGUCCUGGCAUGAUGACCUCACCCAGUAUAUAAUCUCCCAGGAGAUGGAGCGCAUCCCCAGGCUUCGUCCUCCAGAGUCCCGUCCAAAGGACAGAUCUGGCAUGGUGCCCAGGAGACCUGAUCCCGCUGGGGAGCUGCUUUUACAGGGUAUCCCCACUGGCUCCGCCCCUGCUGCCCAGGGGCUUCCUCGACCUCCAGCAGGUGGGGGUGGAGCUGGGGCCGGCUCCCCCCUGUCCCCUCUGCAGACUGAGUUGCUGCCCCCUCUCCUGGAGCAUCUGCUGCUGCCCCCGCAGCCUCCCCACCCUGCUCUGAGUUAUGAACCUGGUCUGCUGCAGCCCUACCUGUUCCAGCAGUUUGGCUCUCGGGAUGGCUCCCGGGGCUCGGAGAGCUCCACAGGGAUGGUCAGUGUUGGCCCCCUACCCAAGACUGAAACUCCUGCCCUCUUCAGCAGAACUACCUCCAAGACCAUGUUUGGGGCCCACCCUGGCCACUCCUACAGGGACCUUCCAGGGCCCUCACCUGCUCAGCUCUUCCAGGACUCGGGGCUGCUCUACCUGACCCAGGAGUUGCCAGCAGCCAACAGGGCCAGGGCACCAAGGUUACCAGAACCAGGGGGCAGCAGCCCAGCAGAGGACUCCUCAGAGGGCUAUGAGGAGGAAGGACCAGGAGCUCAGGAAGAGAAGCCCUCCUCCCCAGCAGUGCAGCCAGAUGGGACCCUGCAGAGACUGGCUACUGUGCUGGCAGGCUAUGGGGUGGAGCUCCGGCAGCUGACCCCUGAGCAGCUCUCCACCCUCUUGACUCUGCUUCAGCUGCUGCCCAAGGGUGCAGGAAGAAAUCUGGGUGGGGCUGUAAAUAUUGGAGCUGAUGUCAAGAAAAAAACCGAGGACCAAAUGCAGGGUGGAGACACAGCAGCGCCUCCACCCCCCAUGCCCUCCCUGCCUGGACACCCCACUGCCAGCUCCACCUCUAAUAAGGUCCAGCUGAUCCCUGGCUCCUCUGAGCCUCCCAAAGCUAACAGUCCCCCAGGAGUCUCACUUGUCCUGUUGGAGAAGAAAAGCCCACUGGGCCAGAGCCAGCCCACAGUAGUGGGGCAGCCUUCAGCUCGGCCAGCAGCGGAAGAAUAUGGCUACAUCGUCACGGACCAGAAGCCCCUGAGCCUGGUUGCAGGAGUGAAGUUGCUGGAGCUCCUGGCCGAGCAUGUGCACGUGUCCUCAGGCAGCUUCAUCAACAUCAGUGUGGUGGGACCAGCUCUCACCUUCCGAAUCCGGCAUAAUGAACAGAACCUGUCAUUGGCAGAUGUGACCCAGCAAGCUGGACUAGUGAAGUCUGAACUGGAAGCACAGACAGGACUCCAGAUCUUGCAGACUGGAGUGGGACAGAGGGAGGAGGCAGCUUCCGUCCUUCCCCGGCCAGCCCACAGCACCUCACCCAUGCGCUCAGUGCUGCUGACUCUGGUGGCCCUGGCAGGUGUUGCUGGGCUACUGGUGGCCUUGGCAGUGGCGCUGUGUUUGCGCCAGCAUGCUCGGCAGCGGGACAAGGAGCGAUUGGCAGCUCUUGGACCGGAGGGGGCCCAUGGUGAUACUACUUUUGAGUACCAGGACCUGUGUCGUCAGCACAUGGCCACAAAGUCCCUGUUCAACCGAUCAGAGGGUCCUCCUGAGCCUUCUCGAGUGAGCAGCGUGUCCUCACAGUUCAGUGACGCAGCCCAGGCCAGCCCCAGCUCCCACAGCAGCACGCCAUCCUGGUGCGAGGAACCUGCCCAGGCCAACAUGGACAUUUCUACAGGACACAUGAUUCUGGCAUACAUGGAGGACCACCUGCGGAACCGAGACCGCCUGGCCAAGGAGUGGCAGGCCCUGUGUGCCUACCAAGCAGAGCCAAACACCUGUGCCACUGCCCAAAGCGAAGGCAACAUCAAGAAGAACCGCCAUCCUGACUUCCUGCCCUAUGACCAUGCUCGCAUCAAGUUGAAGGUGGAAAGCAGCCCUUCUCGGAGCGAUUACAUCAAUGCCAGCCCCAUUAUCGAGCAUGACCCUAGGAUGCCGGCCUACAUAGCCACACAGGGACCGUUGUCCCAUACCAUCGCAGACUUCUGGCAGAUGGUAUGGGAGAGUGGCUGUACCGUCAUCGUUAUGCUGACCCCAUUGGUGGAAGAUGGCGUCAAGCAGUGUGACCGUUACUGGCCAGAUGAGGGCUCCUCCCUCUACCAUGUAUAUGAGGUGAACCUAGUGUCGGAGCACAUUUGGUGCGAGGACUUCCUGGUGCGGAGCUUCUACCUGAAGAACGUGCAGACCCAAGAGACGCGCACCCUUACGCAGUUCCACUUCCUCAGUUGGCCGGCAGAGGGCACUCCCGCCUCCACCCGGCCGCUGCUGGACUUCCGCAGGAAGGUGAACAAGUGCUACCGUGGACGCUCCUGUCCCAUCAUUGUCCACUGCAGUGAUGGUGCGGGGAGGACUGGUACCUACAUCCUCGUCGAUAUGGUCCUGAACCGCAUGGCUAAAGGAGUGAAGGAAAUCGACAUUGCUGCCACACUGGAGCAUGUCCGUGACCAGCGGCCUGGCCUCGUCCGCUCUAAGGACCAGUUUGAAUUUGCUCUGACAGCCGUGGCAGAGGAAGUGAAUGCCAUCCUCAAGGCCUUGCCCCAGUGAGAGCCCAGGACCCUUAGCAGGCCACCUAGACUCCAUUCCCUGCCUGUGUGAGCACCUGUCUGUGUACCCUCUCCUCAGCCCCUAUCCACUUUCCCACCAUGUUGGCCCCUCUUGGGCACUCCCUGCCCUUCCCAGGGCAGCAUGGGAGGGAAAGCAGGAAGGGGCGGGCCUAUCCAGCCUCCCACCUGCCUGAGCCCUGGAGGGCUGGCAGUUGCCAGAAGGAGCGAAGAGGACAUGAGCAGAAAGUCUGCUCAGAGCCUUGUCCUGCCUUUGUACCUGGCUUCUCCUCGCUACUCUAUCGUGGUUCUGAGGACCUCCUGGCCUGCAGUAC